AUGGGUCAAACCGUCACCAAGGCUGAUUUUCAGUGGUCGUACACAGAAGAGCCGCAUGCGACCAGACGUGUUGAGAUACUAAAGAAACAUCCGGAGAUCAAAGAACUCUUUGGACAAGAUCCCGCUUUCAAAAUAGUUGUAGUAUGUAUGGUUAUAGCUCAAAUCUGCUUCGCCUACUUCUUGAGAGAUGCUGAUUGGUUUCUCAUCCUCCUACAAGCUUAUAUGGUUUCCGGAACUUUUAAUCAUUCUUUGACUCUUGCUAUCCAUGAAAUCAGUCAUAAUCAAGCAUUCGGGUGUGGUAGCCCUCUGGCGAAUAGGAUAUUUGGAUUUGUAGCGAAUUUACCUCUCCUGAUACCUGUUUCCAUCUCGUUCAAAAAAUAUCAUCUUGAGCAUCACAGAAACUUAGGCGAAGAUAUAAUAGACACAGAUGUGCCCACAGAGUUCGAAGCUAGAAUCUUCAACAACACUCUCGGAAAGACAGUUUGGAUGUUCCUCCAACCCCUUUUCUAUGGAACAAGACCUUUAAUUAUAUAUCCUAAAUCUCUUACUGAUCUGGAACUUAUCAACCUUAUCAUCCAGCUGGUAUUUGAUGUCACCCUCUAUUACACUCUCGGGCCCAAAGCUUUAGCUUAUCUCGCAAUUGGUUUCGUUCUCGGCUUGGGGUUACAUCCUUUAGCUGGUCAUUUCGUCUCCGAACACUAUACAUUCGAACCUGGACAAGAGACCUACAGCUAUUAUGGACCAAUCAAUUUGGUCACGUUCAAUGUUGGUUAUCAUGUUGAACAUCACGAUUUCCCGUUCGUUCCCGGAUGCAAUCUUCCUAAGGUCCGUCAAAUAGCUCCCGAAUAUUAUGAUAACCUCAAAGUUCACGAAAGCUGGAUUUGGAUGAUGUAUGAUUUCGCCACCAAUCCAAAAAUGAGUCUGAGGUCAAGAAUGAAGAGAAAAUAUGCCAAAGAAGAGGAAUUCCGAUUCUGGGGUACGGGACAAUUCGAGACGAGUCGAGUCUUCCAGUCUAUUUCGGGAGUAUUCCGUCUGUUCACAGGAUUGGUAGCUUCCAAAAAAGAAGUUUAA